AUGUAUGACAGGAGGCAAUUGAAGAAUAGAUUUGAUGUAUUGAGAAAGGAUUGGAAGUUGUGGGAAAAACUAAUGUCUGGAGAGAAUGGCAUUGGUUAUGAUGCAGCCACAGAUAGGAUGCUAGCCUUCGAUGAGUGGUGGCAACAAAAAUUACUGAGAGUCUGGCUAGACCAACAAGAAGGGUCGGGGGAUAGUGAGGAUGAAAAUUUUGGUGUUGACCUAACAGCCAAUACAAGGGUCACAGAUGACUUCACCGAUUGCAACUUAAACAACCCCGUGAGUAUUGGACCAAGUGGAUCAGGAAGUUGUGGAAAGAGGAAGAGGGGUGAGACGUCUGAUGCAAAGAAGAAGAAAAAAGUUACUGCAUCUACUAAAAUUUCUGAUAGCCUUAAUGUUAUAGCAACUGCUUUUGACAAGCGAGCAAUAACAUUGGUUGAAGAUCCCCAACUAGUUGACAAGGUUUUGGCAUACUUGGCUAGCCUUAAGGAGCUUAAUGGUGACAAUCAACUAUAUUAUGCAUAUGCCAAGAUGCUUACACGGUUGAGGUGGGCUAGGCGAGCCUAUUUAGGGUUUAUGCAUGGUAGAAGCAAGUUGUUGGCGUGGUUGAUACUGGCAUCACAAGAGCCAGAGACAUGGAAGGGACCUGCAACUUAG